ACCACCGAGGAGGCGGAACGUGUCAUCAGCUCCUCGGGCCACACCAAUAACUGGGCCGUGCUUGUGCUGACGUCUCGGUUUUGGUUCAAUUACAGACACAUGGCCAAUACCUUGAGCUUGUACCGAACGGUCAAGCGGCUUGGUAUCCCGGACUCGCAGAUCAUCUUGAUGUUGGCCGAUGACAUUGCGUGCAACCCGCGGAACGCUUUUCCAGGCACCAUUUUCAACAACAUGGACCAGGCCAUCGACCUCUACGGCGACGACAUUGAGGUGGACUACCGCGGCUACGAGGUCACCGUGGAAAACUUCAUCCGGUUGCUCACGGACCGGUGGGGCGCCAACCAGCCGCGCAGCAAGCGCUUGCUCACGGACGAAAACUCCAACGUGUUUGUGUACUUGACGGGCCACGGCGGCAACGAGUUCUUGAAGUUCCAGGACGCCGAGGAGAUCGGUGCCUACGACUUGGCUGACGCGUUCCAGCAGAUGCACGAGAAGAAGCGGUACCGCGAGAUCUUCUUCAUGAUCGACACCUGCCAGGCCAACACCAUGUACGAGCGGAUCUACUCGCCCAACAUUCUCAGUGUAGGGUCCUCGCGCAUCGAUGAGCUGUCGUACUCGCACCACUCGGACUUGGAGGUCGGUGUGGCGGUCAUCGACAGAUUCACCUACUACACUUUGGACUUCCUCGAGAAAAUCGAAAAGAACUCCAUGGUCACCAUGGACAAGCUCUUUGCUGAGUUCACGCACGAAAACGUGCACUCGAACCCGGGCAUCCGCACAGACCUUUUCGAGCGAGAUGUGUCCACAGUGAGGCUCACGGACUUUUUUGGCAAUGUCCAAGAAGUGCUGGUGGCCGACGUCAACGAGCCACUCGUGGAAGAUGUG